AUGCAAAACGUGUCAUCAGCCAGUUUCAAAGCGACAUGUCAACCUACAAGACCAUCCCCAAGGUCCGGAAGCAAACCCGUCGUUCUCCGUCUUGGCGAGGACAUCCAGUUCAACCACAACUACUAUAACGAUGUCUUCGCGCAACGCUUCGACGUCGUAGCCAACAAGGAUCGUGGUCGACCACCCUACAUCAAGGCCCUUGAAAAUAAGAAACAGGAUGAAUUCCGCCCACACUUCCAAACGGGCGGCGAGAUGGGCCACUUCGCCUCGGCCGGACCCGGUACCCCAACGCGCUCACAGCAGGUCGCGCGUACGUACGACCCGGACGAGUAUCUCGUGAUGCACCUGCUCCUCAGCACCAUUUCGUGGAAUCCGCGCGGUCACGUCCUCGGCAUCAUCGGACUGAGCCAUGUCAGCAAGAAGCUGGCGUACAAGGCUCUCACGGCAUUGGGGAUGGAGAUCCAUUAUCACGAAGUCGUACGGUCAGCGCCCGAGGUUGAAGAGGAGUUGCAGGCGACGCUCCACCUGACGUUGCACGCGCUGAUGGGGGCGUCGGACUGCGUGACGUUUCGCACGCCGAACAUCCCAACCUUGGUCAAUGCAGAGGCGUUUGCGACAAUUAACACUAGGGUGCGGCUUGAAAACACCGCGCAAGGGCAGGCUAUCAAUCAAGAGGCUCUGAUUGCGGCGUUGUCGAGCGUUAAGCUCUCUGCUGCAGCCCUAGAUGUGCAUUAUCACGAGUCUCGGGUGUCUAGAACCCUGGCUGUUAUUUAA